AUGUAAUUCCAGACUCAGAAUUCAUUCAAACUCUUGAAGAUUACCAACCAAAAGUAUUAGUAGUUGCCAUCUUACAUUGAUCUAUAGAUUAAUAUUGAAAUGAUUUAGAAAAUAAUGAACUAAGUUGGUAUGAUAACUCCUGACGAGAGAGUCCAUAAGCUUAUAAGUGUGAUAGUUGAAGCUCAGCUGCUUAAAAUUAUUGAAGAAGUCAAAUGCGUGAAUAUUUAGACUCAAAGAGAGCCAAUUAAGACCCACUUCAGUUUUGAGGAUUUGCAAAAAGCUAUGGAGGAGUUUGGAAUAGCUCUGAGAAGACCACCUUUUCUCGAAGAUAAGGCAAAGAAUAAGAGAUGA